CAGCUCAUUGUAUCCGUCGUCUAACCAUCCGCUGCCAUCUAACCAUCCAGACCGUGUUAGUGCAGUGCAGUGCAGGUUCUCGAUUAGUUCGGUCGCGUUUUUCGUUCGCUGGUUGUAAGGUUUCAAUUUACGCGCGUGCUCAGCGGCUCAUCGCGUUGCUUGCUCGUGAAUGUGUUACAAUUACCCAUGCGUUAGUUUACUCGCCGCUGGCUUGUUUUGGUAGAAUGUUCCUUCUCGCGUUAUUUUCAGAGGUGGCCUUUUCCGGUUGUGUCCGUUUGAACUGCAUAAGUAAUUGAAUUUAUGGCUCAUGGUUAGCUGUCACCCCUACGUGGUUUCUAGCCUGGUGUCAAAAAAAAUCUCACUUUCAGCAGUACCAUUUAUUGAAGGCCAGCGUUUUUAACGGAGUUUAAAGUUCGUCAAAAGAAAAUGUGAGCUGUUUGAAAAAAUAUGCCUGAUGCUUCUGUGUGACUCAGCAGUAAAUAUAAUUUUGAAUGUUCGAGUUAUACACUCGAGUAGUAUACAACACUACGAAAAUUCUUGACUGCUUGAAUUCGUGCUCACAUCAAGUAAACAAUUGAGAAACUGUGUGUUACCUGUCGCUGAUCUAGUACCACCGAUAAGUAGUUCCCAGAAGAGAUAGCACACACUCAAGGAACUGCAUCGAGCUGUGAUGUGAUCAUGUCAUCCCGUUAGCAUGCGGAUGAACAGCAGCAGGAGUUGACAGAGAAAAGUGAAACUCUCUGGGCUUUACCCUGCGAGAAACAGGAGACAGCCAACGAAAACUCAAAUAAAUGUCUGACACAAAAUCAUUUCGAGACCAGAGUAUCAAACUGUUGCAGAGAAAGGUUUACUGACGUUUCAAGUCGUUCCACGGCACUCAACACAUUGCCCUUUCAUACCAAUUGACGGUGCAGUGAAGCAGAGCUUGUCAACAGAGAAAAUAGUGCUUCAAGGUUACAUUUACUGGUUGUGUCGCACUGCACCCUGUGCAUUCUCAGUGCCAAGAAUGGCAAAAGACGUAGAGUUUCAAGAGAUAGUGUACACAGUCAAUGUCCGGAGAAGUUUCAUUAGCGAAAGUCGAAAACAGACCAUUGUCAAGGGAGUGAGCGGCGUUUUCCGGCAUGGACAAUUAUCUGCAAUAAUGGGUCCUUCGGGCGCUGGCAAGAGCAGUCUACUGAAUGCCAUUUCCGGCUACCGAAAAUCUGGUGUCGAAGGUGCUGUUCAUUUGAAUAGGAAGGCUUCUUGCUACAUUACGCAAGAGGAUCACCACCAACCACUUUUGACCGUGGGAGAACUAAUGCACAUUGCCUGCCAGUUGAAAAUCAAAGGAAAAACAGAUUAUGAUGAAAUAAUUACUCGAGUACUGUCCGACUUAAAUCUGAACCAUCGACGCAAUGUGACUGCUGACCGUCUAAGUGGAGGAGAGCGAAAACGGUUAUCCAUUGCCCUGGAAAUGGUUGCCAAUCCAUCCAUUUUCUUCCUUGACGAGCCUACCAGCGGAUUGGACGAAGUGACCGCUGCUACUUGCGUCCGAUUAUUCCGUGACCUAGCCAAGCAGGGACGCACCGUAGUAUGUACAAUCCAUCAGCCGUCAGCUAGUAUUUUUGCCCUUUUUGACCACAUUUAUGUGAUUGCACGAGGACAAUGUGUUUUUCAAGGUAGUCCGAAAGCCGUCGUUCCGUUCUUGUCUCACAUGCGCAUCGAAUGUCCACGCCACUACAAUCCAGCUGAUUUCAUUAUCGAAGUCUGUGAUAGUGAAUCCGCGGAAAUCAUUCCAGCUUUAAGUGAGGUUAUGCAAAAUGGUAAAGCAAUAUGUACCAAAUCCAAUGCCGCCGUGGCCGCAGCGGGCUACACUGGUUCGACACUGGUCGUGGACGAAGAGCCGAAUUCGCUAGAACCUGUUAGCGAUUUUGUGAUUAAACCCACUGUCACAUCAGUGAUCCUUGAACAACAACGGCCAAAAGUGUCAACCUUGGUGCAGAAAAUGAAACAAAUUACUCGAUUUUUCCACAGUCCGCAUGCUGUUUCAGGAUUUGUUCAGUUUUGGGUACUAUUUCGACUGAUGUGGACUAAAAUAAUGCGGAACAGGACGGUUUUGUGGAUACAGUUUCUACACCACGUAAUUUGUGCAACUUUUAUUGGGCUAAUAUUCCUGAAUGCAGCCAACGAUGGAGCACGCAUGUUCGACCACCUCAAGUUUUGCCUAGGAGUAUGCUUCUUCUUUUGCUAUACACAGGUGAUGGUACCAAUAUUAAGCUAUCCCCGUGAAGUUAAACUAGUGAAGAAGGAAUGCUUCAAUCGUUGGUAUGGUUUAUUUCCUUACUACUUAGCACUAACGCUAUCCCGACUGCCCGUACAGAUUUUUCUGAACAUCAUAUUCACGGUGGUAGUAUACUGGCUAGCUGGUCUACCAGCAGAGGUUUUCCGUUAUGCACUUUUCAUGAUCGUCGGUAUGAUCGUUUCACUUUGUGCCGAAGGAUUCGGUCUGAUGAUUGGAGCUACGUUUAAUGUGAUGAAUGGAUCAGCUAUUGGGCCGCUUACGAUAGCUCCGUUUCUUGGAUUAGCGAUCUAUGGAUUUGAUUUUGCUCCACAAAUUCCUGCAUUAAUGCAAUGGUUAAUGCGAGCAUCGUUCAUCCGCGGGGGCGUUGUCUCAGUUGUGCUGGUUGUGUUCGGUUACAAUCGCCAGCGCUUAGACUGCAAUGAUAUUUACUGCCACUUCGAUGAUCCUAAAGUUCUAUUGCAUUACGUAAGAAUAGAUAACACAACGUUGCUUUUCGAGUUAGGCAUUUUGAUUGCUAUGACACUCUUCUAUCGAUUGUUGUGCUAUCUUAGUUUACGAAGAAGAUUUUACAAAUGAGAACAGAGCACAAGAGCAAACAUAACGAAUAGACAGAAAUAUGUGAUCGAUUUAUAUUAGUUUUAAUGCAAAUAGUUAUGGAAAUUUUUCAAACCUUUUUACUCGGGUAAUGUUUAAGAAAACCGUACUGUAGCAGUAGCAUAAGUUCAACAUUCCAGGGGCAAAACAUGUGUAUAAAGAUUUCUAACUGUCUCUACAAUUUAGAGGAAGUAAUUUUCCAACGGAUCCUACAGAACCAAAUAUAUGACAAUUUAUAUAUAAAGCAAUAUGUUCAGAAUAUUUUUUGUACUUAAAAAAGGAUAUCUCUUCAUUUGAUGCCAAUAAAAACUGUAGCUUUAAAA